AUGGUUCUUGAAGAGCCUUUCCCUCUGCGUAGCUUCGCACAAAGGACAACAGCGUUCGCCCCGACAUGCAACGCAGAUCGCAUCGACCGUGACACCUGGGUCACAUCCUCAUCUGUCAACAGCCGAAGGCUUCCAGGAGUGCUUCCAGUUUCAGUACCACCGGCACCCGAACAAACAUCGACUGCUGUUGCGCUUUGGACUUUUGCUUGUGCACCAGAGCAGCCCUAUUCCAUGCGUCGGUUCCCCUCGAAAGAAGGGCUUCAGGCCAUGCUAAGCCGGAUAAUUGCGGGCGACGUAACUGUCGAGGGCAUACGGGCCACUCCCGCUUCGCCCGCCAGGAUCCAAAAUAUAUACACUAUCUGCCUGGCCGGCGGGCAACAACUCGUGCUUGCCACGGCACCGUCCACGAUGGUGCGGCUAUUACGAUCUGAACAGCUUCUAAUCGAGUCCGAGGCCCUCUUGCUCGGAUGGCUGAGGGAAAAGCUUACAAGAGAUAAGCUUGUUGCGGGCAAGGUUGGGGUCGCAGCGGACCCUAGAAAUGGUAACACGCAGUACGGCAACUACCCGGGUAGCACUGCCGAAGACAAACAGCCAAUGGUCACGGUACCUAACAACUCGGUCAGAACUCCUAAAGUACGGUCACCCUCUUCACAUGUGGAGCUGCUGGACAUACUUCCAACCACCAUCUCGUCUUCAAUAGCAGACGCAUUGGUGGUGGCGGAUAUCGUCGAGACUUCAUACCUCAUAUCCCAGCAGCCUAGCGGACGAUUCAUUACUGCGGACAAUAUCAAUCGAGAGGCACAACAAGAGCAUCAUGUUGAUAUCAGGCAGAUAGAGUUCCAAGCCGGAACAAUCGUCCGCCAGCUCUCCAGAACGACUGCGCCGACUGGACAGUUCGGCCCGGCUGUUGUAGUACUUGGGUGCCCGGUCAAAGACGGGAACGCUAGCGCGAGUGAGGAUCACAGGCCAGCGGCUUCUCUGAACAACAAUAACAACACUUGGUCAAGGGCAUUCCAGUCCAUGAUGGAGGAUGUGUUGAGGGACGCUGAAGACAUGGUCAUCCACAUUCCUUACGCCACGAUUCGGACACAAAUGAGGCGACUUUGUCAGUAUCUGAAUGUCGUCACGACUCCUAGGCUUGUGCUUAUAGAUGCAGGCGAGCCCACGAACCUCCUGGUACGGACACGAUGCGUUUCAUUAGAUGACAAGGCUUGCGCAUCUACCAGCUUCUCAAAUCAACAAGCUAUUGGGAGCCAAGGAUUAGUCAAGCAGUUGGGGGUAGCAGGACUGGCCGACUGGUCAAAUGCAUACUUUGGCGACCCGCUCUUCACCAAGACGUUCAGCAGACAGCCGUCUCGGAGCUUUCUUGAAGGCUUCUAUGGCAGCAUGGAGAGCGCAGACGGGCAUUUCACAAUGGAGAAGGAGAACUCGGGGUGCCAUCAGGAUACCUCGGGCGUGCGCAUCCUUCUCUAUUCAUGCUACCAUCUCACCGUGUCCAUUGUCCAGGAAUACUAUCGACCCAGGCAAGGGAGCACACAACGUGAGAUGGAGGCUAGGAGGAAACUCGGCGAGGUGCUAGCCAGACUUGCUGCUGUCGGUGUGGUGGACGAGUCGCGAGGUAUGGGAUGGCAGGCCAGUCUUGACGGGCUCACUGCCACCCCAUCAGGACUCGAAGCCUCGAGCCCAGGGGCUGAUUGGAGCUCAGGCCAAUAUACAUGCCGGGCUGGACUGCGCAGCUGA